AUGCCCGAUGGGGAAAACGAUUUCGAUUGGCUGCAGAGCUUCUUCCCAGGCUGGAAAGAAGAGGACCAGGCUCAAGGAAACCGCAACAAUGGCGGCCCUGACCAGAACCACCAGAAUCACCAGCUAAACCCGCAUCCCGCAUUCGCUGAUGCGGCGCACGUGGCCCAGGCUGCCCACGCAGCCUAUGUUCGAUACCAUCAUUCCCAAUCACCUCAAGUGCGCACUGCUCAGAUGAGUCAACCAGGGCAACCCCCGGCCCAAUACUCUCAGGGGAUGGAUCAGACGUUAUUCCGGUCUCAAUUACACCGACACUCCCAGUACGAGCAGCGGCAGCCGCAGCGGCAGCCGCAACAGCCUCAGCAACAAACCCAGCAACAAACUCUGCGACUGCCUCAGCCACAGCCUUAUAAUCAAGCGCAGCAUCGAGCGGAGCACCAAGCCCGUCAACAGGAACAGAGACGAGAGCACGAGGACCGUCAACAGGCGGAACAAAAGGCUCGUCAGCAGGCAGAGCAGCAGAGACGAGAGGAAGAGGCCCGUCAAAAGGUUGAACAGGCUCGUCAAGAAGCAGAGCAACAUGCUCGUCAACAGGCAGAGCAACGAGCUCGUUAUCAGGCUGAACAACAGAGGCGAAAGAACGAGGCUCGUCAAAACGCAGAGCAGCAAGUUCGACAGCAAUCCCAAACAUAUGAACCAUACGGGACGCAACACCAGCCUCUGCGCCCGCCGUCCCAGGAUCACCGGGACCAGCUACAACAAUACUAUCGCGAGGCCCAGCAUCAACGUCAAACGCAGGCUCAGCCUGGUUCUCGUCCUCAGCAGAAUCCUACGCAACCUCCACCGCAGCAAUAUCAAUAUCGAGACGCCCCGCAUCAACAGCAAUACGUGCGAUCGUCUGAUAUUAGCCCGUCUGCGUCAUAUUAUCAGCCUAACUCCAGUCGGUCUUACACUUCUCUAGCCCCUGUGCGCGACCCGGUGCAUGUGCAAAAAUCGGCGUCGGGACCAACGCCUGUUCAGUCCCCCCGUACAGCAUCGCAGAGCCCAGUCGAGACCCACUCAGGACUGCGUACCGGGGAAUUUCUGCAGAGAACUCCUACCUCGCCAAAGAGUCAUCCUUCCGGCCAACAGGGUCCUUCAUUAGUACCGCCACCUACGAAAAUCCCUACACCUGCUCCGAGUGCGCAGAGGAACAGUACGCCCAUGAAUACGCAACAAAAUGUGCCUGAGACACGGCCUAACACACCCCCUUUAGCACCUGGCCAGUCUCAGACAUCAUCGAAGCAACUGGAAGGCCCACGACGAGGAUCAUUCCUCGAAGAUACAGCAAUUUUUAGUACGACGUCACCCCAGAAGGAUCCUUACACGUCGUCUUCUCGCAGUACUCUAGGGCCGCGAGCCACCACAUCAAAGACCUCCACAGCUGUAGCUACUGCUCCAGCUCCAGAUAAGCCAACAAAGCGGCCGUCGGUCUCACAUUCACACCCUUCGCCUAAACAGGUAACCAGCACCACUGGUCCAGCUUCAUCAUCUUCAUCUACAUCUGCGCCUAUGUCUGCACCCGCACAACCUCGCACCUCAGGCUCGCCUCCAGUGAGGAACUCCACUCCUGCAGCAGCAGCUACUGAUCGGUCGUCCACGGGAACUUCGACAUCAUCCGUGAGCGCUAGAAGUCCACCUGGGCCUCCCGUGAACUAUGCGAUACCGCCGGCGCUCAGGGUUUAUGCAACCCCACAGAUGCACAGAGCCUACACGCCACCGCAGCCAGUUAAUGAUUCUGCUCCUCAACCUUCUGCUCAGAUAGCUCGUAGUACCUCUGCUCCUUCGGUACCGCCAGUUCCCUCGAAGUCCACUGCUCCAGCAGUUCCGCCGCCACCCAAGGCUUCUGUACCUACUCAAGCAACCGCCCAGAUGGCUCGCAGUGCCCCUGCUACUUCGGCCCCGCCAGAUAAUUUUACACCCUUUACGCCAGCAUCUACUGCUCCAACUACGUCCACAUCCUCCGCGCCGGUCACCACCAGACCAAUUGCUGCACCUUCCACAUCUGGAAAUGGGAGGAAUUCACCAUUGCCUCCCCAAGCUAGAUUAGCCGGGACUGGACAAUUGGUUGACAGACGGACGAUGCACUCGCAUCCAGGCCCUCCUUCGAAUGGGAGGCCCGGUCAGUAUCAGCCAGCACCUUCUGGCCUCCCAACUCUUCAGAAUAUUGCCCCUACCACUGCCCCUGGUCUUGCUCCUGCUCCCCCGCCAGCCUGGAGGCCUCCUUCGAAUACUGCCUAUCCGGCAUCUGGUUCUGUGCCCCGCCCGGUAAACAGAUCUAAUCCUGCUCCAGGUCAAUUCGCCGUGGGCCCCCGAGCACCAUCCUCACAAACCCGAGAACCUACGGGGGUAUACAGACCUGGCAAGAUGAACACUCCUCCAAACUUGGCCCGGACCGUGGCAAGACCCGCAGGCCAGAAUACUCCUGGUUCUCUCCAGGCCCGUCCUGCUUCAACGCAGCCACCCGCUGCUAAGAUGCGGAAGCUCGAUGAUAGCUCUCGACACGCCGUGACACCACCAUCGAAGACCUUGGAUGAUGUGGCUCGGUACGCCCGACAAUCUCCGAGCCGCAAACACAUCACUUACCGGUCCGACAUUGUCGAACCGGUGAAAAUCUCGGACAUUAUGGUCAAAGCGGCGUAUGAUCCUGCCACUAUUGCACGGGAUAUCUUGAUCGUUGCGGAUAAGCACCCGGCUGAGAAGGGCCUGAAUCACCAUCUAAACACGAUUCGACAAAAUUUCCAGGCUGUCGAAUACUCGUCAGAUCUGGCCACUUUUCGGUGGGAUCUAGUAGAUCCUUGGGUGCAAUACCCGCCAGGAUUGGAAGAGGCAAUGGCCAGGGCUCAACAGAUAUCGACAACUUCUGUUCCAGGGCUGGAGCCAAAUGCUCGCGCGCUAAACCUUCCUUCGAAGGCUCCAAACCUUCCCUUGCAUUCUCCAGGCCUGCCCCACGUGGCUGCACGUGAUGUCCCCACCGCCCCGCUGCCGCGUCCCGUGGAAAGUCGCUUUGAUUACAGGUCCAACAUCAGUGCAGUCGCAACUAGCUCAUCCCAGAUACCUAGUUCAAGUCUCGUCAGUUUAGGUCCAACUGUUCCAGCCCUCCUCAAUUCUGGUGUGAUCAAUUCUGGCAAGUUUGGUCCGGAUGUGACCACUACGGGCGCAACAAACACCAACGUCACCCCCAGCUACCAGGCGCAUCCCUCUACGCUCACAUCCACAGCUUCACCUGUUUCUACGCCCAAGUCUACUCAGAAGGCAAUUCCUACACCACCUUCUGCAGUGAACUUGAACGCGUUUGGAGCUUUACCUUUCAAAGCUCCUUCCCAUUAUUCCCCUCUUCGUCCCACUGCUCAACCACUACCUUACUCUCUUCCAUCUCUUCCACCCUCCUCGUCACCCCAGAAGGUGCAUUCUUCUGUUUCGGUUGUAUCUCCACCUUCAGUCUCGUCUUCAGUGCCAGCUCCACUACCUCAGUCUUCACCCCAAAGAUCAGUGGAGCUCCCCCCCCAAUCUCCUCGCAGCAAGGUUCCCCGGCAGUCACCCCUGCCAAAAGGUCUCCCCGAACCUCAAGUCGUCAUUCCAAUUUCACCAGGAGUAAUGGCGCCCCCCAAGAAGAAGCCCACCCGGCCACCUCAGAGAGAUGUCCAAGUUGAGGUGGCCAUUGAUAAUCGGCCAGCCCCGGAAUAUCAAGUAUUCCAAUGCAAGUGGACUGGGUGCAAGGCAGAGCUUCACAACCUACAAGCAAUGCAGUCACACGUAGUGGGGGUUCAUAUCCCUCACCACCUCGUCUGCGGCUGGGCUGAUUGUGGUGAUGAGAAGCUUCGUCCUGCUUCAGAAAUGUGGGAGCACGUCCAAGCGAAUCAUAUUAACCCCCUAGCCUGGCAACUCGGAGAUGGCCCUUCGGUCUCAAUACCUGCGGCAGGUGGCUAUGAAUCACCGGAGAUGUCUAGCCAAGAUCGAAACGAUACGAUGACUCUCCCGGCAGACCGCGACUCGGUCAAGAUCUUCAGUCGCAUCCACGGCACGCAGACGGGCAAGCAAAAGGCCCAGCUGAUGGAAGACGGUGGACGUCAGUGGAAGGAAGGUGCUGGUCCGGAUACGGAUGUUAGCGAUCGAGCCCUUUCUACGCCACCCCGAUUGCUGGCCAGCAGCCACACUGAGACGGCAUACACCAUGUCCAACGUACAAGUGGUGAUUUGA